CUGUCGGCCAGAGCGCCCUUCGCGGGACGCGCCCGCCUCUCUCGCCCGGGCGGCCCGGCUCCUCCGCGCACCGUCGCGGCUGCUUCACUCGGCGUCUCCCCCUCGGCCUCGGGGAUCGGCACCGCCCCUCGGCUCCUCAGCCCUCGCAUGGCGCGCCGCUCGCGCCCUCGCGGCCGCCUCGCCCUGUGGGCGCUGGGCGCCUGCUGCGCCGCGCCGCCCACGGCGGCGCCGAGGCCGCGGCCGCAGGCCUGCUGGGUGCCGAGCGGCGCUGCGCCGGCGCCGCGGCGGUCUGCCCUGUCCGUGCUGGUGGGCGCGGCCGCCGGCACUGCCGGAAGGCCUCGUGCCCUGGCGGACGAGUCGUGCGAAGCUGUUUGCAGCCAGGAGUGUGCGAAGGAGCCCAACACGGCGAUGCGGCGAGCUUGCGGAGAGGAGUGUGCUGCGGCGUGCGGCUCGGACGACACGUCUGGCGGGCUGGGCCGCCCUGGGUUCGGCGGCCUGGAGGCGCAGGCCGAGGCGCUGAUCAAGAAGAAUGUGCUGGAUCCUCUUGUCAAUACCCGGCGACUACCUCAACUCUGUGUUCACGUACCCAGGCCUCGACAAGGAGAGGCUGGAGAAGAGUGCGAGGGACGAGGAGCGCUUCAUGAGGGAGAUGGGGAACGGGGCCAUAGCUCGUCGCCUCGGGAAUGCCAUCCAGGAAGGCAAACUUGA